CCUGGUGCUUCAGUUAGUGUCUCUGGUCUAUGCUGCCUGCACUCUGCUGCUGUGUUUUGGCUGCUCUGUCCUUCAGGCCAGUUGUCGGCAGAGGCAUCCUUGCCAGCAAUGAGCAGUGUUUGGUCCCUGGCCAUGGAUGGCUGUUCCAUAAGGUCAAGACUGAGUCCCCUCCCUUCAUUCACUUUACCAAUGCCUGGUCUCAUGGGGUUAGUUUUGAGCCCCCUACUAUGGCAUCAUCAUCAUCCUCCUUCCCAGCUCCUCGCUCCCGGUCCAAGAAGCCUCUGGGCAAGAUGGCUGACUGGUUCCGGCAGGCCCUGUCGAAGCCCAAGAAGCCGCUGGACCCUGCAGAGAGCACCUCCAGGGAUGUUUCCCAGCCGAGCUCCCAGGAGGAACCCCCCGCCCUGGGCCUCAGCUCAGCCUGGUCUCCCACCUCCCCACCCACACACGGGGGUGCCAGCAGCACCAGCAGCAGCAGCGGCGGCGGCCGCUGGAGCAAGGACUACGAUGUCUGCGUGUGCCACAGUGAGGAGGACCUGGUGGCCGCCCAGGAGCUGGUCUCCUACCUGGAGGGCAGCACGGCCAGCCUGCGCUGCUUCCUGCAGCUUCGGGACGCCACCCCGGGCGGCGCCAUCGUGACCGAGCUGUGCCAGGCCCUGAGCAGCAGUCACUGUCGGGUGCUGCUCAUCACCCCAGGCUUCCUGCGGGACCCGUGGUGCAAGUACCAGAUGCUGCAGGCCCUGAGCGAGGCCCCCGGGUCCGAGGGCCGCACCAUCCCGCUGAUGUCGGGCCUCACCAGAGCUGCCUACCCUGCCGAGCUCCGGUUCAUGUACUUCGUGGACGGCCGGGGCCCUGACGGCGGGUUUCGGCAGGUCAAGGAGGCUGUCAUGCGUUAUUUGCAGACCAUCAGCUGAUACUUCUUAUAUCACCUCGGGACCCAGCAAGUUGGAGCAAAGCUGAAAACCGAGUUAGAGAGCCCAGGGCCUCACAGGACCUCACGGGGCUUCACAGGGCCUCGGAUUCCAGCUGCUGUGACGAGGUGUAAGGAACCAGAGCUUCUAGCACUUUCUAUGUAAUCCUGUGGUCAGACGGCCCACCGGGCACCCAUUACUGUGGCCUCCCCAGGAAAGCCAUGGGCAAGCUGGGGACUCCCCCAGGAAGGUCAUGGGCAAGCUGGGGACUGCCCCCAGGAAGGCAUGCAGAAACUGGGGACUCGCCAGGAUGGCCAUGGGGAAGCCAGAAAUUGUAGGUGGCAGGAGGUGCUAACACCAAGAUGAUACCCCCUGUUUUGCCUCCCGCCUCGCUGGACACACAAACCUGGCACAUACCUACGUCUUCUUCCCUUGGGACUGUAGAGAGAUGAGUCCCACCCCCCAAGAGGCGACUCACCUGGGUCACAAGCUAGAAGCCUGCACUCCACGCUUCAGUGGGGCUGGUGUCCCCAAAGGCCAGGUACCUAGUUCUUCACACACUACUGCCCUUCCCUUUCCCAGGGACAUUGUCCACGCCAAAAACUACAUGAAAGACGCAUUCCGCACUGCACCGUAUUUAUUUUUAUUUUGUGUGUGUCGUAGAGACACACACCCAGAAACCAUUCUAAAUAGACAGGGGGAGGCAGGGAGU